AGACAGACAAGCCGGCACCGGAGAGAGAGGACCCACAGACAGGGCACAAGAAGGAAGGAAAUAGACGCUAACUUUUGGAAUCUGAAGACCAGGGUUCAAGACCACCUGUGCUACUUGCUGCUGUGAGAUCUCGGGCAUGAGACCUCUGACCUCUCAGCCUUCACACACUUUCCUGUGAAAUGGGGACUGUCCCCGUCCCAUCUCUGAGUCACUGUGAAUGAGGACACAAAUGGCCUCAUGGUUGUUGUGAAACAGUUUAGUCCUUAACCUCAUUUACAAAGGCAUCCGUCUGCAGGUUCUCCCAGGCCUCGUUACUCCCAGGGCCUGAGAAGUUAGCGCACCAGUGCACACACGUUCACGUGAGGCACCUAGGACACGGCCAGCAUGAACUGGGGAUUUCUUCAGGGAAUCCUGAGCGGCGUGAACAAGUACUCCACAGCACUGGGCCGCAUCUGGCUGUCGGUGGUCUUCAUCUUCCGGGUACUGGUGUAUGUAGUGGCAGCGGAGGAGGUGUGGGAUGACGACCAGAAGGAUUUCGUCUGCAACACCAAGCAGCCAGGCUGCCCCAACGUCUGCUAUGACGAGUUCUUCCCCGUGUCCCAUGUGCGCCUCUGGGCCCUGCAACUCAUCUUGGUCACCUGUCCUUCCCUGCUAGUGGUCAUGCACGUGGCCUAUCGAGAAGAGCGGGAAAGAAAACACCGCCUCAAAUAUGGACCCAACGCCCCAGCCCUGUACAGCAAUCCGAGCAAGAAGAGGGGUGGCCUGUGGUGGACGUACCUUCUGAGUCUUAUCUUCAAGGCUGCUGUGGACUCGGGAUUUCUCUACAUCUUCCAUUGUAUUUACAAAGACUAUGACAUGCCCCGAGUGGUAGCUUGCUCUGUGGAUCCCUGCCCCCACAUCGUGGACUGUUACAUUGCCCGACCCACAGAGAAGAAGGUCUUCACCUACUUCAUGGUAGUCACAGCAGCCAUUUGUAUCCUACUCAACCUCAGUGAGGUCGCCUACCUCGUGGGCAAGAGAUGCAUGGAGGUCUUCCGUCCCCGGCGCCGGAAAGCUUCCAGGAGGCACCAACUACCAGAUACGUGCCCACCAUAUGUGAUCUCCAAAGGAGGUCACACCCAAGAUGAGAGCACGAUCCUAACAAAGGCCGGGAUGGCCACAGUGGAUGCAGGUGUGUAUCCGUGACCUGCAGGUAGGGUUAUGAGGUUACUCUCUGUCCACUGAAGCCACCCAGGAAAAUGGGCAAAAGCUGCAGCAGGUCAGGUGGGGAAUAAAGUUGUGGGGACUCUGGAAGUUCAUCCAAGAGCUAGCAGACGAUGGGAAGCACCCUUGAGUCCCUAGAUCCUGAGCCCCCAGGGACUUGAUGGCUGGUGGGGAUUUUAUAUUUGUCAAUAGAGUACCUCAACCCCAUUAAUAAAUAUGAUGUUCCCAGUG